AUGUCAACUGCCACUGUUCGUAAAAGCACAAGAAUAGCUAAAAAAAUUACAAUUAGCUAUAAAGAGAAAAAGAUUUCUAAGCCAAAGAGGAAGCAGCAAGUAUCCAAGAGUGUGACUCGAGCAGCAGCUACCAACAAAAAGCAGAAAAUAGAUAAAUCAACUACUGUUUCUACAAAUACAACUACUACUGUAAUCAGUACCACUGUUCAAGAUGAACUCAAGACUUUUGAACAUACGCAAUAUGAUUUAUUGAGAAAGUUUGAAGUGUCAAAGGCAGUAGAGCAUAUAAAACUACAUGAUCCUAAACUAGGUGCUUAUCUCACAAAGGAAACUAUUGCCGAAUUUAAGGUUCGGCUAGAGAAUGCAGAUGGAUCCAAUCCUUUUCGAUCAUUGACACGAUCCAUUGUAUACCAACAAAUCCAUGGUAAAGCCGCUGCCUCAAUCUAUAACAAAUUCCUGAAACUGUUUGAUGAUACUUUUCCCACGCCUAGCCAAGUACUUGCAAAGACAGUAGAAGAAUUGAGAUCGGCUGGAUUAUCUGCCCGAAAGGUGGAUUCGAUUAGAGACCUCGCAGAAAAGUUUAAUAAAAAUCUAAUUACUCCUGAACACUUUGACAAAAUGUCAGAUCAGGAAAUAUCUGCGCAGUUGUGCACUGUGAAGGGUAUUGGCCAGUGGACUGCAGAUAUGUUUUUAAUGUUUAACUUGCAUCAUCCGGAUGUCCUUCCGGUCGGCGACCUGGCUAUUAGAAAAGGAAUUGCCAAACAUUUUGGGCUGACUAUACCAUCAGAUGCUAAGAAGAACAAAAUGUUUCCUACUUUGGAACAAAUGGAAGAGUUGACACAUAUCUGGAAACCAUAUCGUUCGUUAUGCUCUUGGUUAUUGUGGAAAAUAUCUGAUAUCUCGACUGUAUAA